CCCAGUUCAACCCGUUUCAGGGCAUUGAAGCAACGCCUCCCCCUCUUCAGACGCUGUUCCUAGGUGCCUAGCUGCAGUUCAAGCCUCCACUGGCCAAGACACCUAGUCCAAGCAUCCAUCAUCACCAACACCCGAACGCCGAACGAAUCAAGCCUCCAUAACACCUACCAAUCCUCUAAAUUCCACAUCCGAGAACACAGCAACCGGGUAACUUUGCCAACUUCGCCCUUGACUCAAGCCGAAACGUAUCAGGAUUCCAUCGCAAACACCAACCCCCUCGUAAUCACCAGAACGCAGGACCCUCACACCGCCGUCACCAACCAACCAAACCACCACCCCAAAGUCAACAACAUGUCCAUCAUCCAGCAACACACGCAAGCAACGCUCAGCGACGCCUGGCGCACCAUCAACAUUGACGCUCUCACCGAAGACUCGUCGGUCAACUUUGACGUGUCGACGCUGCAUCCCCCGCUUCCGGAAAUCAGCGAGGCCGACGCGCGCGCCAUCAACGGCCAGGUGCGACAGCUGCUCAGGGGCGGCGACGCCGAGGGCGCCUUGCGCGGAUGUCUCGAGAUGCCCGUCUACGCCGGGUCCGAAGCGGCCAAGGAGACGCACCUGCACACGGUCAUCGAGGUGCUGCAGAGCAUCAAGGCGAGCGAGAUGACGCCCAUGUUGCAGCGCAUUUACGGACAGCCAGGGGGCAGCGAGUGUUUGGAUGUUUUGAUGAAGUAUUUGUACAAAGGCAUGGGCGCCACGUCCGCCUCCUCCGAUGGCUCUGGCAGGACGACGCCCGCUCGCGCCAUGACUCCCCAGGCUACCGGGUUCAGCCAAGUCAGUCAGCGCCCUAUGGCUGCGAACGAGUCGACCGGCUCGGCUAUGAGUGUUUUGUUGAGCUGGCAUGAGAAGGUUGUCGAGGUUGCUGGGUUGGGUUGCAUAGGCCGCGUCAUGACUGACUUCCGGAGGGUAUGAGGAGGUUAAGCAGAGGGAGGGCAAGAGAAAGCUGGUUGUCGAGUUGAAGCGAUGCGAUGCGGUUCCGAGCGAGAUAUACGCCAUCAUACAGCAAUAAUACAUAACGCAUUACACAUCAAACUGGCUCUAUGUUGGGUUGAUGUCCGCGGUUGACGAGCAGGGAGAGGUUGAGGAGGCAUGCUUGGACUAUUCUCGGCCUCAGGCCGGAUUGUCUUGUUUACAUACCCCUGACCAUGUAAACAAUUGUGACUCUGGUGGGAACCGGCUGACAAUGUCUUGCCGGUAGCAAGUGUUUGUGCCUCCUUCACGGUGUUAUUGGUUCAAGAUAUCAAGGGAGCAAUUGACCCAGAGUUCCAGGACGAACAGCCUAUGAAGAGAGCCGCCACAACCACUAGCACCCUUAUUUUCAACCACACCAACAGGUCAACUCGAGACUCUGGGUACCUUACUCCAACGACACGAAUAUUUGCUUCCACCAACGCCGCACCUUAAUGGGAACACAAAGAAAUCUUAUUCCAACGUGAUGAAUAUCUACUUCCAUUAUUCUAUUUCGACGGCAUGGAAUUCUCAGAGUCACGUCGUGAAACUUUAACAACAUACCUAAAAAGCGUAUUUCAAUAUAUCUUCAUUUCCUCAUCGAGUUCUGUUUCCCUCUUGUUUCC